AUGAUCUUUUUUCGUAAUACAAGUAUUCCACAUUCGGCUCAAUAUCGCUGGUAUUCGGUUUGUUAUCAAUUGGGUGUUUUCUUAUCUCGUUCAUCCGUAGCAGUUUUUGGUAAUUUGGGUAUAUUUUUUGCCUGUGUCUAUCGUACGGCUCAUAUACCAAGUAUAUGGUUAGUGUUCUGUUUAGUCGUAUUUGAAAGUUUAAUUGGUGGUGGAGCUUAUCUCAAUACAUUUUAUAAGAUAUCGAUUGAAUUAUUAACCUAUUGA